AUGGCUGACUAUAAUUUCGGCGGUUCUGAGGAGGAGAAUGCGGAGUUGAAAAAACUGGAGACUGAGCUGGCUGAGGAUCCCGACAACUUCGAGGCGUGGGAGAAGCUGGUCCGCGCCGCAGAGGGCCUCGAAGGCGGCAUCAAUCGCAACUCCAGCCCGCAGGCUAUCACCACGGUGCGAAAUGUAUACGACAGAUUUCUCGCCAAGUUCCCAUUGCUGUUCGGGUACUGGAAGAAAUAUGCCGAUCUAGAGUUCUCUAUCGCGGGCACUGAAGCUGCAGAGAUGGUCUACGAGCGAGGAGUCGCCAGCAUAUCGACCUCGGUCGACUUGUGGACCAACUACUGCUCCUUUAAGCUCGAAACCAACCACGACUCAGAUGUCAUCCGAGAUUCGCCUACCACCAGGUUCCCUGGGAUAUACUUCUCACCCAUGAGUUUUUUUCAGGCUGUUUCUUUUUCUUGGAGCACAGCAGCACAGAUCUUCAACCACAACCAAAUCACCCUGUUUGUCGGAGGCUCGUGCAUUCUCCGCACGCUACAUAGACUGUUUGAAAGAGGUGCCAGCAGCGUAGGACUCGAUUUCCUGGCCCAUCCGUUCUGGGAUAAGUACAUCGAGUUCGAAGAGCGUCUGGAGGCGUAUGAUAAGAUCUUCGCCAUCUUAGGCCGGGUGAUCCACAUUCCUAUGCAUCAGUAUGCCAGAUACUUCGAACGGUACCGUCAGCUGGCUCAGACGCGCCCGGUGAAUGAGCUGGCGCCCCCAGAGAUUAUUUCUCAAUUCAGGUCCGAGAUCGAGGCAGCUUCUGCGCACCUCCCGCCUGGAUCGAAGGCUGAGGCGGAAAUCGAACGGGACUUGCGGCUGCGUCUAGACACAUACCACCUCGAAAUCUUCUCCAGGACGCAGACCGAGACAACCAAGCGAUGGACGUAUGAAUCGGAGAUUAAACGUCCUUAUUUCCACGUGACCGAAUUGGAUGAAGGCCAGCUCGCCAACUGGAGACGGUACCUCGAUUUUGAGGAGGCAGAAGGCAAUUAUGUGAGGACCCAGUUCCUGUACGAGAGGUGCCUGGUCACAUGCGCCCAUUAUGAUGAGUUCUGGCUGCGAUACGCUCGGUGGAUGUCUGCGCAGCCAGGGAAAGAGGAAGAAGUGAGGAAUAUCUAUCAGCGCGCCAGCACCAUCUACGUGCCAAUUGCGAACCCCACGGUGCGACUGCAUUACGCCUACUUCGAGGAGAUGACAGGACGUGUGGAUGUUGCCAAGGAUAUUCACAAUGCGAUCCUCGUCACUCUGCCCGGUCAUAUCGAGACGAUCGUUUCCUUGGCCAAUCUCUCCCGCCGUCACGGUGGUCUCGAGGCCGCGAUUGAAGUCUACAAGGCCCAGCUGGAUUCACCGCAAUGCGAUCUUGCGACAAAGGCUGCUCUCGUCGCCGAAUGGGCCAGGCUACUCUGGAAAAUCAAGGGCUCGCCGGAAGACGCGAGACAAGUGUUCCAAAAGAACCAGCAGUACUAUCUCGACAGCCGUCCGUUCUGGACUAGCUACCUUACGUUCGAGCUUGAACAACCGACGAGUGCAGCCACCGAGUCCGUGCAGUAUGAGAGGAUCAGGCAGGUUAUCGAGGACAUCCGGUCGAAGAGCACGCUGUCGGCGGAUGUCGUCAAGGAACUUGUGCAGAUUUACAUGGUGUACCUGCUCGAGAGGGGCACCAAGGAAGCGGCCAAGGAGUACAUGACGCUGGACCGGGAAGUCCACGGCCCGACGUCCGUCCAAGCGGCAACUAAGGCGCGAGGCCCUGGUAAAGCUCCUGAAAAUGGCUCCCAGCCUGCUCCUGCGCCGGAUCAUGCAGCUGCGGCUGCUCAACAAAACGCGUAUGGCUAUUACCAGCAGCAAGUCCCGCCGCAGCAGGCUUCAAAUGGAGGGGCUCAAACUAUGCCUGUCCGUUACUGA